CAGUACCGUACCAUGAAGAUGAUCAGGGCUGCGCAAGACAAACGAAAACGAAUAUUCAGCCGAAAAUCCAAAACAGGUUGCCGGACCUGUCGAACACGCCGUAUCAAAUGCGAUGAGACCCCCGGAACGUGUCGGAACUGCUCAUCCACCGGCCGGAUCUGCGCAUAUGAUGCUCAACGACUUCCCCGGACCAGACUCCUGGGCGGAAGGCCACCGCCUAUCCCGCCGAUGCUGCUAACUCGAACCCUCCCCGCCGGAUUCUGGUGGGGGAUGACAUCCGACGAGCGUCGGUGCUACUCAUUCUUCCAGCAUCGGACAUGUAAGGCAGUGAUUGGGUACUUCGACUCCGACAUGUGGGAGAGGCUUGUCCUGCAGGUCAGCCAGACGGAGCAGGCUGUCUACCACGCCGUGAUUGCCUUCGGCGCAACCCAUGCGGACUUCGAAGCUCGGGGAAUGCCCCCGGCUUUAGAUGAUAUGAGCGGGGCAUGGCAUCGAUUUGCUAUUGAUCAAGGGGCAAGGUCAUACGCGCAUCUGAAUGCGCGCUCUGCCUCGCAUGAUCCAAAGCUCCGGGAGGUCAUCCUUGUGUGCUGUGUGCUUUUUGUGAUCUCAGAGCUGGUGCGCGGCCAAUUUGAUCUUGCACUCACACAUCUUAAGAAUGGCUUACGAAUCUUAAAGGACACUGUUGAGCAGUUCCACGCAUUUGGCUGUACUGUAGACCGGUGUUUGCUUGGCGCAUUUGCCCACCUAAACGAACAGGCUGUUUUCUUCGGUGCAGAGGCCCUGUAUUCCCUCAUGAAGCCUGAGCCAGCGCAACCGCCACCACCGCCAGGCGAGGGCGGGCUGGGGUUUCGGAGUCUUCCCGAGUCACGGACAGCGUUAUUGACUUUGCUGAAUGGGCUGGCGCAGGAAUACAGCAGUAGUUCCGCGUUUUCACAGGCAAAAAACGGAACCAGUGACGCAGCCCUCACGCAUUGGCAGUUCAAUGCUAGUCUCAAGAUAAGAAAGUUUUCGCAAAUGUUCGAGCUGUUUCACAGGAGAGCCCAUGAGCGUAAUAAUAGAGAGCAAAGAGGCAUCGACCUAUUCUAUAUGCAUAUACUGUCGCUCUCGGUGUCCUUCGAGAGAAAGAUUUACGAUCGCACAGGAGGACUUUUAGAAUACGAUACACCCAUAUUCGAAAGGCUAGUUUCGCUAGCGGAAGCCUUUAUCGAUAGCUUUCACGGUCCCGAUCGUCCUGGUCUUCUCUUAGGUUUGGGAGUUAUUGCCCCUUUAUUCUACGUCGCCACCAGGUGCCGCCAGAAUGAUCUACGGUGGAGAGCUAUUCGAGCGCUUCAUUCUUGGCCACAUCGGGAAGGGCCGUGGAGUUCCGACAUGGCCGCAAGUAUCGCAGUUGAAAUCAUAGCAGCCGAGAAGAAUGUUUUGCAGACAACGCUGCCCGUCGCAGAUCCAGGUGGACCGUACUGGACUGGGUCUGUGGAGGCAAGACAGGGAUCCUUAAGCUUUAUGGAUGCCGCUGUGCGUGGUCCAAGUAUGCCGGUGCUUGCUGAACGCGAAGCUUGCAGCUACCUGCCCAAUAUCUUUCACACAGCCCCUUUCGCUUUUUUGCGUUUACACGCCGCAGCCCCGGUUAGACCAUUCGCUACUCGACAUCCACGUUUACAUGAAGUGCGAGCCCAGAUUGACGCCGCGGAUCUUAGAUGUUCCUACGUUGGUGAGGGUGAAUGA